UAAGGAUUUAAGUUCUUUAUUUAAUUUAGAGUUUAAGAAUAAGUUUUGUCUAAGUUUUGCAAUGAAUGCAUUUAGGAAUCAAAACAAUUUAAUAAUCUAAAUGGCGCUGAGACGGUGGGUUUUUUCUCCUCCGAGGCAUUACGUCUGGGUGAUAAAACGACUAAGUUGACAUCCCGCUAAGUUUAAUGUUGAUGCUGCACAACAGAUACGCCAAUGAUGUGACCAGUCACAGAAAGAAAAAUCUUCGAAGGAAUCUUUUGAAGAGUAUUUGGUUCAGAGAAAAGAUCCUCCGGGCUUUGAGGUUCGACAAAUAAACAAACACAUAGGCAAAGGAGUGUUUUCACUUACAAAAAUAAGAGCUGGAUCCUUUCUGUUUGAAUAUGGAGGAGAAUUGAUAACAGAUAGGGAAGGAUUGAGACGUGAGAAACUUUAUCCUCUAAGUCUUGGGUCCUUUCUUUUCUUUUUUAACUUUGGCAAGAAGAAACUGUGGUAAGUAUCAUCACACUUGCAAAUAACAAAUUUUCUUAUCUUGUGUAUUUUUAUGCCCCCCGAAAGGCAAGAUAUUAAAAUCACACUGUCUGUUGGCCUGUCUGUGCGUCCCCACUUCAUUUGUGUCCAGACUGUAACUUUGUCAUUUAUGGAGGGAUUUUGAAAUAACUUGGCACAAAUGUCUACCACAUGAAUAUGAUCUGUCAUAUUCAAGAACCACGUCCCUACAUCAUAGGUCAAGAUCACACUAACAUUUUAAAAUUUCAUAUUAUCAUAAUAAGAGUUAAUAAGUACACAACACUCCUGUCCGGACUGUUACUUUUGUCAUGAAUUGAGAAAUUUUGAAAAAAACAUGGCAGAUAUGUCUGCCACAUGAAGACAAUAUGUCGGAUCCAAGAACCAAGUUCCUUACCUCAAAGGUUAAGGUCACACUAACAUUUUGAAGUUUCACAUUAUCAUAAAUUUUUAGAGUUAAUAGGGACGUUUAACAUCCUACUUGAAAAGAGGGAUUUUAAUGAAACUUCAUCCACUAUGAGAAGCUGUGUCGCACGCAUAAAAAUAGGCCUGUAUUGGUCAACAGUCAAGGUAACACUUAGAUGUCAUUGAAAAACACUUGUCCAGAGCAAAACUUCUACAUGCAUAAAGGGAGUUCAAUAUAACUAAAUGGCACAAAUUUUUACUAUUGUGAGGCAGUGUCAAGUGCAAAAUUUAGGUCACUGAGGUCAAGGUCACACAUAGCGGUCAAAUUUCAGUUAAAAAUUUGGAAAUGUGUAUAGGGACCAUUUAGUAAUCAUUUAUUGAGACAAGGUAACAUAAAUGGUCACUAUCAUGACUGUCUGUGAAACUUAUAAUUUAGGUAAAUAUUUGCAAGGUCAAGGUCACUAAAGAUAAUGAAAUAUCCAGAUUUUGUCAGGGGCAUAUCUCAUACACACUUGGCGAGAUUUUAAUGAAACUUUAUAGAAAUGUUCACCACUGUUUGAAGCUGAGUGGGGGGCAUGAACCAGGUCUGUUGGUCAAAAGUCAAGGUUAUACUUAGAGAUAAUUAAAAAAUAAAUGCCUGUCAGAAGCAGGACUUCUACAUGUAUAAAGGAUUUCAAUUUAACUUGGUACAAAUGUUCACCAUUAUGAGGUAGAGUGUUACUGCAAAAUUUAGGUCCCUCUGCUAGAUCAAGGUCCCACAUUAUAGAUAAAAAUUCAAAUAAAAAUAUUAAGAUGUGUAUAGGGACCAUUAUUCAUCAUUUAUUGAGGAAUUGUAGCACACAUGGUCAUAAUCAUCACUACAGGAAUGGCACAUGAAAUUUAGGUCAAUAUCUGUAAGGUCAAAGUCACUAAAGAUGAUGAAUUAUCCAGAUUUCAUCUGGAGCAUAUCUCCUACAGGCAUAGAAUUUUUUUUAUAAUGAAUUGAUUGCUCCAUGCACGAUUGAUGUCAGAGGUCAAGGUCACUCUCAGCUAAUUAGCAAUUAAUAAAGCCCACAUCUCCGUUAAAAGCUUUUAUAAUGGGCGUAUUUUGCGACAAUGUUAUCCUUGUUUGUUUCUUAAAGUUAUAUUAUGCUUAUUUGAUAUUUGAAAAAAGUGAUAAUUCCUAGACAGUGUCUUUGUAAAAUAAAUAUUUAUACACUGUAGGUAAAAACAUUAUGAAUACAAAGCAUCGUUAAAAACAUUGGCAGUUUUUAUAAGAAAUGACUAAUUUUAUUUGUCCUGUAAUAUUGAAUUCAGCUUUCAAUACAUAUUUUGUUUGUCUUUUUAUACAAGUUAGACAUAUUUUAGUAUGAAUUUCAUGGAUUUUAAUAAAUUUCUGUGACAAAAGUAUUUUACUCAAAAUAUAUUGUGAUGCAAUACAUAUUUUACCUCCCAAUACAUUGAUAUGGCUGAAAAUUAUUGCAAUACACAAAUAGUUUCUCCCAUGAAAAUAACUAUAGAAGGCAGAAAAAAUAAUUUGGAUGGAAAUAUUGUGACAAGUAAUCUAUUUUCUUAUUGUUGUCAUCUCAUUUCACAUUUAUGUUAGACAGAAACAUGCCAUGUCUGUGGUAAUUUGAAUGAAUUAUUUUACUCAUUGCCUUUAAAUCUUGAAACCCAUUUGACAAAAAUUUUUUGAUUCAUUAAAAUGAUUUUUAAAAUAAAUCUUAAAUGUAUAAGAAUGGAAAUUAAAUUGAAACAAUUAGAAAUUGAGAUUAUAACAAUAUGCAACUGUGAUAUUUGUGACAUACUUACACAUAUGUUUCCACUUAGAUCAUUUUCUCGAACAAAAAUGGUAAGUACAUUGCAAAUUCUUUUACGUCCCAGACCAAAUUUUAAAUAAUUGAAGAGUUCACUGACCCUUUAUUGUACUUGUUAUAAUUUUAUAGGAGUUUUGAAAUAAAUGGGGUGACAGUUAACAAGUUUUUAUAUAAAUACAUAAUGAUUUCAUGUCUGAAAGCAUUAUGGUACAUAAUACAUCACCACUUGGAUAUCGGGUCAAUAUUCAUUCACUUUAGCAAUAUAUAUCAUGGACUCCAUGGAUAAGAAAACAAUAUUGUGAUGCAUAUCUUGACAGAAAAAAAAUGAUGAUACACAGCCCUACUGAUCACACUCAUUAGGUAGAUGACAGCUUUUGUUUUUUGGUGCUUAUGCAUGAAGGUCUAUGCAUGGGCCAUGAUUGUGAAAACCAUUUCCACUAAAUUAAGUAUAUAACUAACAUUCUGUAUACAGACUUAUUCUGAAACUUGGCAAAUGUUGGUUUUUCCCUGCUUAACCUGAGGUUCAAGUAAACUUUUAUGGUAAAAACUUUUAAUCUAGUAAGCUGAUACACUGCAAUUCCAAGAGCUUUUAUAUAUAGCAUGUAGCAUUGCCUAAAGUUGUCUUCUACAAAAGUUUUAUGAAUUAAGCACCUAGAUUUGAAGAUGUCUCAUUCAUAAGUAAAAUACAUGAAUGGGUCUGUACUCUUUUUGAUUGCUCAAAGAAAUUACAUUCUGGUGUAUAUUGCCCCACCUUUGCAUUUAGCCUUUUCAAUCUAAAGAUUUGUUUGGUUAAUGUUCUUAUUGUUAAAUGCAUGAAACACAUGUCAUUAAAUGACAUUACUAAUAAAUAAAUUCAGUAUUUUGAUGAAUAUGCAAUUAUACUUUAGCUCAUAUUUUUGUAGUAUCGAUGGAACAUUUUCGGAACAGAUUGGAAGAUUUGCAAAUGAUGGCAUAUGUGAAGAAAAAAAUGCAAUGGCUAAAACUGUGCUUUUGUCAAACGAGCCAAGACUUGCAUUAUUUGCAACCAGAAAUAUUUUUCCUGGUGAGGAGAUACGAUUUGAUUAUGGAAUAAAUGACCUUCCCUGGAGAAAAAAAAGCCAGCAGACUGUCAAGCAAAGAAAGAAAGCAAUAGUAAAAGAAUAUCCAGUGGUAGCCAUCUGUGAUAUAAUAAAUUGCUCAAGAUGUAUCAAAUUAGAAUAUCAAUAUAUGAAGACAUUGAUGGAAAUGGAUCUUUUGAAGAAACAAAACACUCUGUUGAAAUUGGAUGGAACUGAAUUAGAAAGUGAUGAUGAUGAAAAUAGUGUCAACCAAAAGAAAAGAAACUAUACAUCGAUUAACACAAGCAUUUCUAAAAGUGCAAAUUUACCAGCAAGUCCAAUUCAAAAUCAGUCUGCUGUGGAAAAAAAUGACCAGAUGUCUACAGAUAGCUCGUCUGAAUCAAAAACAAACAAAGUAAUCAACAAUUCAGAAGAUGUGGAAAUUGAAAAAUACUGCUUCAUAAAUGACAUAGAUAAUCAAACUUGUUUUCACACUGUAGAAUGCAUCAGCAAAGUUGGAAAUUCAGAUGAAAAAUUGGAUGGCAUCCCAAUAGAAACAACAAAUGAAUAUCAAACAGACAUUUUAAGAAUUGAACAAGAGGAGAACUCAAAGAGAGAAAAUCAAAAUUAUUUUCAAGCCACACAAUGGAUGCAUACAUUAAGCAGUGAAGUUGGCAAUUUAGAAGAAAACAUGGAUGGCAUCCAAAUGAAAACAACAAAUGAAUGUCAAACAGACAUUUUAAGAACUGAACAAGAGGAGAACUCCAAGAGAGAAAAUCAAACUUAUUUUCAAGCCACAAAAUGGACAAAAAUAAUUAGCUGCGAAGUUCGAAAUUCAGAAGAAAAAAUUAAUGACAUCCAAACAAACACUACAAAUGAAUGUCAAACAGACACUUUAAGAACUGAACAAGAGGAGAACUCCAAGAGAGAAAAUCAAAAUUAUUUUCAAGCCACACAAUGGAUGCAAACAUUAAGCAGGGAAGUUGGCAAUUCAGAAGAAAAAUUGGAUAUCAUUCAAAUGAAAUCAACAAGUGAAUGUCACACAGACAUUUUAAGAACUGAACAAGAGGAGAACUCAAAGGGAGAAAAUCAAAAUUAUUUUCAAGCCACACAAUGGAUGCAAACAUUAAGCAGUGAAGUUGGCAAUUCAGAAGAAAAAAUGGAUGGCAUCAAAAUGGCAACAACAAAUGAAUGUCAAACAGACAUUUUAAGAACUGAACAAGAGGAGAACUCCAAGAGAGAAAAUCAAAAUUAUUUUCAAGCCAAACAAUGGAUGCAAACAUUAAGCAGCGGAGUUGGCAAUUCAGAAGAAAAAAUGGAUGACAUCCAAAUGAAAACAACAUCUGAAUGUCACACAGACAUUUUAAGAAUUGAACAAGAGGAGAACUCCAAGAGAGAAAAUCAAAAUUAUUUUCAAGCCACACAAUGGAUGCAAACAUUUAACAGUGAAGUUGGCAAUUCAGAAGAAAAAAUGGAUGACAUCCAAAUGAAAACAACAUCUGAAUGUCACACAGACAUUUUAAAUUCUGGACAAGAGGAGAAAUCAAAGAGAGAGAUGAGACAGGAAAAAGCUGUGUUUGAAUCAGUAGAAACAACAAAUGGAAAAGAAAAUUUGGGACAUAAUCUGAGAGUUUCCAAUAUAAUGGGGAAGAGACAUGGUAAUCAGAAUUCACAGACAUUCUGGAAAAAAAGGCUUUUGUCAGGUGUGUCAAGAAUGUCAAGUGCUAGUAAUAACCUAGCAGAAGAUUUUAACCCUAAUAGAGAUGAAGCAGCUUCAAUGCCAGUUGCAACUUGUUCAAGUACAGACAAUGAAAAUCCCUUUACACUUACAAAGGAAACAAUUUCUGAUGAUUACAUUGUUUUGUAUGUGCAUGACAAAAGAAUGAAGACAAAGAGUGUAGACAUUGCAACAAAUAAUGAUAAAGAGGCUUUAGAUCAAAGAUUGAUGAACAAUGAGGAAACUCCAACUUUUAACCCAGGGUCUCCAGGUGCAACAAAAUCUCCUGAAGUAACCUCUCUUUCUCAGACCACAAAUAUAGAAAAUGGUUCUGGUGGACAUGAUCUUAGAACAAGUAAGAAUGGGAAAUCCAGAAAACCUUCACGGCCAUGUCCGUUUUGCGGAAAGUUCAGGACAAAGUUAACUGAACAUAUUAAAAAGAAGCAUAAAAAUGAAAAAGAUGUUCAAGAAGCCAUGUCAUUACCUACGCAAGAAAGAAAUGAAAAGUUUUCUCUAUUUAAAAAAGCUGGUAUUUUUAGGGAGAAUAUAAAAAUUAUGAGAAACAGUGAUAGAACCCACUCAGCUAAACUUAUUCCUGAACGCCGUCAUCAACAGAAACAAUUAGUAACAUGCUUAUCUUGUAAGGCAUUUUUGUCAAAAGAACAAUUUUAUAAGCAUAAGAAGCUGUGUAAUAAGUUUUCCUGUACAAGACCAUCUCCGAAUUGUGUUAAUUCAUAUCACCUUGCAAAGUCUGGUAACAAUGAAAUAAAAAAUCUAUAUGCAAGUGAAAUAAUAGACCGAUUUCAUGAUGAUGAGGUUGGAAAAAUCUGUAAAAAUAAUGAAGAAAUAGGAAAAUAUGGAUUCAAGAAAUUUAUUUCUUAUGGGGUCAACAAUGCAAAGAAGGAUGAGAAAAGGAAAAGCACUAUGUCAACAAUGCGACAGAUUGCAAGGUUAUAUUUGGAAGUAAAAGAGUACAUGAAAAACCAUUCUCUUCAGAAUGAAAUAAGUGUGAAGGACAUGUUUACAAGAAGAAACAUGAAAUAUAUUAAAGAAGUCAUACAUGAAAGGAAACAGGUAACAACAGUAGAUUCUCAGCUGUUUUUAGGAAAUUCAAUAAAAAAGUUUGUAAGGUUUUUGUAUGACCAAAUGACAAAUGAAGGCCUUGAUGCAGAUGCUGUUGAAGCAGACAGAUUUUUAACCAGUUUAAGAUAUAACUGGUCAGAGCUAUUUGGAGAAUCUGAAUAUCAUGUUAUAACAAAAAGAAUAGAAACCAGAAAACCAUCUGCAUUACCAAAUGAAAAAGACCUUAAAUUGUUGACACAGUAUGUAAAAGCACAAUUAAAGAAACUCUCGGAGGAUUCAUACACAUUUAUAGCAGAGGAAGAGUUUACUGUCUUGCGUAACCUUUUAGUGACUAGACUGACAUUAUUUAAUGCCAGACGAGGAGGUGAACCAAGUCGUCUUACAAUCAAUCAAUGGUUAGAAGCAAAAAAUGAUGUUUGGAAGCAAAAUUUCAAUGUUGACAGUCUUGAGAACUCAGAUGAUGUUGACUUGAUGACAAAUUACAAAGUUUCUUACCAACCUGGAAAAAAUGACGGAAAAUUGGUUCCUGUUAUGUACCCAGAUGAUUGUCAUAAUGCUCUAAACAUUUUAUGUAACCCUGAUAUCCGAAAAGAUGCUGGAGUGAGCAAAAACAAUGCCUUUCUUUUUCCACGUACAAAUCACUCUGAACGACAUUGUAUAGGGAGUGACUGUAUCAGAUCAGUUUGUUUGAAGGCUGGAAUUUCUUCAAUUACUGCUACUAAAGUAAGACACAGGGCAGCCACUUUACACGCAUCACAGGAUACUACAGAACAUGAAAAAGAAGCAUUCUUCAAACACAUGGGUCAUAGUGACAAGAUAAACAAAAAUGUUUAUCAAUGCCCUCCAGCUGUUACAGAAGUGACAAAAGUUGGAAAAUUUUUCAGAAAAUUAGAUGAAGACUUGGAAAAGGAUAUAGAUGACAAUUCAUUCCAUUCAUUACACGAGUUGCAGACACCUUCAGCUAGCACAGAUAGAGAGACUUCUACUUUAAAAGAAUUCCUUUAUAAGAUGGCAGACUCUUAUGCAGUAGAAAGGGUUUUGGAAAAUAGCACAGAACUUAUUACAGAGGAGGAGGUUGAAACAGUUCCUGAAAAAUUGAUUGGUAUCAAGGUGACUGAAGCGAACAUGAAUGCUGCAAGACCAUUAUUCACAGAUGAUGCUUGGCUUGUUGUUAAAACAUCACUAGACUGCCUAGCCAAAGAUCUUGGAAAGAACCAUGAUGAGGCACUGAUUCAUCAGUGUAAACUGCAAAAGAGUGAUGUAAAAGACAGUGAGAGAAACAUUGAAAUAAAGUUUGACAACAGAUCUGAUAAUGGAAUGGAUAUUGCAAACACCUACCUUAGGGAAACAGCAUCAGACUCAGAGGACUUAAAUGAACAUAACAUACAAACAUCAUCUUGCUCUGCUGUCAGGCAUUCUAGGGUGGAAGAAGAACUUUCUGCCAGAAAAACAUUGAAAAAUUCGAGAAGGGACUUUAAACAUGGUCAUCAUCAAACAGUAAACAUAAGAUGGCACAAGAGGGACUCUGAAAUGGUCACAACAUAUUUUUCAAAUUGUAUUUAUGAUGUAUCAAGAUAUGAUGCUAAAGGUGCUUUACCAGGAUAUAAAGAAAUACAGAAAUUUAUAAGGAUCCAUCCAGAUGUUCUAUCUGAACUUUCGAUAUCAGAGAGGAUAUGGAAAAUCCAUACUAAAAUAAACAAUGAAAGAAAUAAGUCUAGACGACUAGCUAGAAAAACAAUGCAGGAAAAAUAAUAGCAGAUAUCAAUUAUAUUUCUUAGUUUGAAAAUAUUUCAUUUAUUUACAAUACUGGAAAUACUUAGAAAACUAAAAUGUGUUUAUUGUAAGUUUUGAAUGAAAGAGGUAUAAAUUGAGUAUAUUCACCUGGAGUAUGAGGACAGAGUUAAUUUAGAAUGCUUGUGAAUUUGAUAUUUGGUUUGUACUUGUAUGACAAAUGUUUUUGUUAUUAACAAAAUAAUUAUUUAUGAUUUAUUUUGAAAAUUAGAAAAUGUUCCGCUACAAAUUGAUAAUUGCAAGAUAAUGAUACAACUAAUUUGAUAUAUAUAAUGUUAAGUGAGAUUGUUAAUCCCCUUCUGCAAAGCGUGGAGGGGAUUAUAGGAAUGGCCUCCAUGACUGUCCAUCUGUUACACUUUUCCGCUCCAUAACUUUCAAACCACUUAGAAAUUUUUUUAAAUAACUUGGCACAAGUGGUCAGCAUUUUGAGACAAUAUGCAGAGCAAAAUAAUUGGGUCACUCCCUCCAAGGUCAAGGUCAAACUUUAAGGUCAAGCGUUAAAAGUCCACAUUUGUGUUCGCUCCAUAACUUAAACUGCUGAAAAAUUUUUUAAAUCACUUGGCAUAAGUGAUCACCACAAUGUUCAGAGCGAAAUAUUUGGGUUGCAACCCCCAAGGUCAAGUGUUAAAAAGUCUGCAUUUCCUGUUCGCUCUAUAACUUUUAAAUUGCUGUUAAAUUUUUAAAAUAACUUGGCACAAGUAAUCACCAUUAUGAGAUGAUGUGUAGAGAGCAAUAAUUGGGUUGCUUCUCUUAAGAUCAAGGUCACAAAGGUUAAGUGUAAAAAAGUCCAAUUUCAAGCCUGCUCCAUAGAUUUCAAGGUCAAAGCAAUUAUAUUAUCUUAAAUAUUUAGAAUAUGUGAAGUGAAUUCUUCCAUCAUGGAAGGUCUUUAAUGUCAUUUAUUUUAUUGGCCGGUUUACAUAGUUGCAAACUUGGGUUAUGGUAUGGUGAAUGUCGGGUGGCAGGCGAGGAAAAUAUAUUUGUAACAGUUUUCUCAGCAACUACUUAUCACAGCCUCUUGAUAUUUGGUAUACAGCAUGAAGGCAUGGUCCCAUAUCGUGGGAUUCGAUUUCAGGUCUGUCGCUCAUCCAACUCCUGUUAACCGACUUAGUUAAACUUUCGACAUAAAUGGCCAAUGGCAGGAAAUUUUCGUAACAGUUUUCUCAGCAACUUCUUAUCACAGCCUCUUGAUAUUUUGUAUGCAGCAUGAACACGUGGUCCCAUAUCGUUGGAUUCAAUUUCAUUUAAAUUAUUAUAAUUUAAAUGCAACCUGGCCAUUUCGGUCUUUGACCCAUUUUGUUGAAAGUAGUAUCAAACUCUACAACAAACAGAAUAAAAUAUGGAGGUGUGAGAUAAAUGAUCCAAUAUUACAUAUUGUUUUGUAGCACAUAAUAAUUCAUUAUACAAAUCAUUAUUAUUGUUUCUUAUAUUAUGAUAUUAAAUCUGUCAAAUCUAUUAAACAUCUUUUUCAGGAAAUAUAACGUAAUACUGUUCAAACAAUACUUUAUUAUGAACCUGGUUUUCAACGAAAACCAGUUAUUGUAAUGAUGAAGUUGCCUGGAUGGCAUGCAGGCAUCAACUUUGGGUUUCCGUUCAAUAACUUGAGUUUGCUUUGGUCUAUUGAUGCCAAAUUUGGUGAGUUGAAGGCAGCUUCGGAUUGCUACCCUAGUGUCUGUGAUCAAGGUCAAAGUCAUUGUUGAAAAAAGUAUUUCAGUUUCAACUCAAUAACAUGGGUUUGCAUUGGCCUAUUGAUACAGAGCAUGUUGUAUGAGUAGCCUAUAUCAAAAGGCAGCUUGUAAAAGAUUCUGGGAAAAAUUGAUCCUUCAGAAGCACUAAAUACACCAAAAUAAUAUGAAAAUUGCAGACUCGGUUUGAUUGAGUCUGUACAUGAGGGAUAAUGAUUACGUGUAACAUCCCUCACGCUCCCUAGCACUGGCUUGAGCGGUACUCAACUUUCAAGAUUCAUCAUGUUGGAUUCAAUAGUCCUGAAGGACCAGAAAAUACUACCCAGAUGUCUGUGAUUGAGGUCAAGUUCACUGUUACUAAAAAUAAUGAUUCAUUUUCCACUAAAUAACUUUUUUGCUUAACAGAGUUUGCUUUGGCCUAUUGAAACCAAACUUGGUAUGUUGGUAGCUUAUAUAAAGAGGCAGCUUGGGAUUGCUACAUAGAUGUUUGUGACUAAUUUUAAGGUCACUUAUGCUAAAACUUAUAAUUCAGUUUCCUGUAAAUAACUUUGCUUUGGACCAUGGACACCAAGCUUGGUGUAUUGGUAUAUCAAGAGGCAGCUUGGAACUGCUAUCCAUUUGUCUGCAGUCAAGGUCACUGUUGCUGAAAAUAGAAAUACAGUUUCAUGCAACAACUUGAUUUUGCUUAGGCCUAUUGAAGCUGAACUUUGUAUCUGGGUAGUUUAUAUCAAGAGGUAGCUUUGGGUCUGUGAUAAAGGUCAUGGACACUGUUGUUUAAAAUAGACAUUCACUUUCCACAUAAUUACUUCAGUUUGAUGUGGCUUAUUGAUACCAAACUUGGUGUGUGUGUGUAGCUUAUAUCAAUACGCUCACAAGAAUGCUACCCAGAUAUCUGUGAUCAAGGUACUAGAAAAGGACAAUGAUGCUAAAAGAAGAAAUUCUAUUUCCACUAAAAAACUAGUUUGUUUUGGCCUAUUGACCCUAAUCUUGAAGUAUCGGUAGCUUAUAUCAAGAAGCAGCUUGAUAUUACCACCCAGAUGUCUUUGAUCAAGGACAAGGUUGCUGUGGUUAAAAUUAGAAAUUAAGUGUCAGCUCAAUAUCUUCAGUUUGGUUUGACCUUUUGGCACCAAACAUAGUAUGUGAGUAUCUUUUAUCACUACCCUUUUGAUUAAGGUCAAGAUCACUGUUGUUAAAAAUAGAAAUUCAGUUUCCUUAUAAUAACUUUAGUUAGCUGUGACCUAUUGACAGCAAAUUUAGUGAGUGGGUAGCUUAUAUCAAGAGGCAACUCGGGAUUGCUACCCAAAUGUCCUUGAUCAAGGUCAAUGUCACUUGCUUAAACUAGAAAUUCAGUCUCCUUAUAAUAACUUGAGUUAACUUUGACCUAUUGACACCAAAUUUAGUGUGUUGGUAGCUUAAAUCAAGGCACAACUUAAGAUGAGCUACCCAGGUGUCUGUAAACAAGGUCACGGUCACUUGCAAUUAACCUAAUAACAAUAUAAUGUUUUCUUCACUACCAUAUAUCAUUCCUAAUUCCUGUCACAUCAAUACUUGGUUGUUGAAAACCUGGUUUCAUUGCAUUGUGGUGCUUCUUGUUGUUUUUAUCAGUAUAUCAAAAUAUUGACCCAUAGCAUUAAUAUUUCUGGAAUUAUUGCCUCCCCCAUUGAAAAUUGUUACAUUUUAAAGUAUUAUCUUUUUUAUUUUAUAUAAUUAUUAUGUAGUCCAGACUUAAGAUAAUUAUUCUUUGUCAUUACUCACAUCAUGUAUGACAAGGUUCAUAUCUUUAGCAUCUCAUUUCAAGAGUUACUUUCUUUUUAUAUGCCCGAAAGAAUUUUUGGCAUAUUAUGUUAUACCCCCUGGCGUCCGUCCGUCUGUCCGGACAUGCCACUUAAAUGGACUAAAGGGCCAUUUCUUUUGUUAUUUUCUUUUGUUUAAUAGAGGGCCAUGGCCCCUUAUUCUAUUGUUACGGAAUGAACUCUAUUGUUCUCUUUUGUUCUGUUUACAGUUAGAUGGCCCCCUACUUCUCUUAAAUAGCAUGGACGGACGUCCGUCCGUCCGUCCGUUAGCAAUUUGGUUUCCGGAGCAUAACUUAAGUUCCAUUUGGCCCACAAUAUUCAAACUUCAUAGGAUGAUUGUCCAUAUUGGGUAGAAGACCCCUAUUGAUUUUAGGGUCACAAGGUCAAAGUCACUAUUACCUUAAAGCUGAAAACGGUUUCGGGAGCAUAACACAAGUUCCAUUUGGCCCACAAUAUUCAAACUUCAUAGGAUGAUUGUCCAUAUUGGGUAGAAGACCCCUAUCGAUUUUGGGGUCACAAGGUCAAAGGUCAAGGUCACUAUUACCUUAAAGUCAAGGUCACUUUUACCUUAAAACUGAAAACAGUUUCCACUUAAUAACUUAAGUAUAAAUCAACCAACAGCUGUAAAAUUUUAUAGGAUGUACAGCCAUGUCCAAUAUAUGACCCCUAUUUAUUUUAGGGUCAUAAGGUCAAAGGUCAGGGUCACAAUGAUCUUUACACUGAAAAUUGUUGUUUCUGGAGCAUAACACAAGUUUCAUUAGGCUUACAGUGUUCAAACUUCAUAGGAUGAUUGCCUAUAUUGUUUUCCACAAUUAUUCAUAAUAUGAUAUUCAUAUGAAAUAUUCUAAUGUCUUACAAAUGCUUCAUCUUAACAAAAAAAAACAACACUUUUCGGGCAUAUAAUGCUCCGCCUAGCAGUGCUCUUGUUAAACUUAUAAUUCUACUUUAAAAACUUCAUAUACUUUUUGCUUUUAUGAUUUUUGUUACUGAAGGGAUUGAUUUCAGAUUUUAAACUGUUGUCUUUUCAGCAGAGCAUAGAAAUGUCACAUGCAUAUUAUGUGGUGCAAAAAUAUUUAACUUUUGAUAGCUUCUAUUAUUAGUCCCUUUUUAUUGAUACAGAAAUAUAUUUAUUGUCAUAAUUGAUUAUUUUUUUCAUAGUUUUGUCUUCCUUUACGGCAUCCAGUAUUCAGUUAGUUAAACGUGGCUGUCUCCUCCGACAGCUCUAAUAAAUGUUUUAAACAUUUUGAUUUGAAACAAUUAUUUCAGUUGAUGAAUUUCGGUAUUUUUCUCUUAAAAAUAACCAAUAGUCAAUCAUUUUUCAGAGGUAUGAUAUAGCAGAUUAUUUAAAGUUUCCUUAUUUUACAAAACAAAGCAUUUUAUAACCAAGUUCAAUUUUCAUAAAUGUGUCCAUAAGUAUAAAUGGCAGUGUUAAUUUUGUUUGAAUUUUACAUACAUGUUUCCUUUAAGGAAUACUUCUAAACUUUGUUUUCAGUUUUUGUAGUUCUUUAUAGCACCUUUUAGAGUAGCACUACCUUAAAGUGUAUAAAUCUAUAUCCGAUGAAAAUUUUUUCCGAUAUUUAAAAAAAGUAAAAUUAAAUUGCUUUUAUUACCGUAUGGUAAUUUCUCAAAACAGUUGUGAUAGAAAUUGCCUCUGUAAAUUAACACACAUGAAUACUGUACGUAAACUUGAAUAAAAUGUUCAGUCAACUUGAAUAAAAUGUUCCGGAACAAAAUAUUCCCCUAUUAUGUUUACUUGUUUUGUCAAUCAUAUGGGGCAUGUUCCACUCGAUGUCAAUAAAUAGGAAGACAAAUUUCUUUCUUUUUUAGGUAUUCAGUAUCUAUUCUAAUCAUGAUAUAAAGAAAAAAAUUGUAAUCAUAAAACAUCAAAUACAUAGCUUUAUACACUUUAAGACGUAUACAAUAUGCAAUGGACAGAUAAAAUAACAAGAGCCACCGCCGGGCGGGGGCAACGCUCGACUUUUUACUUUUUCUAAAAGCAAACAAAGAAAUGUUUGAACAAAUCUUAACGUUUCCUUUUCAUGAAAUUUAAUCAGUCUGUCUUGUCACAUUAGUUUUGUCUAUAUAUUUUGUAUAUAUAAGUAGAAACACGCAAUGCAUUCUAUAAAUAGAAACACUCAGUGCAUUCUAUAAAUAGAUACACGCAAUGCAUUCUAUAAAUAGAUAAACGCAAUGCAUUCUAUAAAUAGAUACACACAAUGCAUUCUAUAAGUUGUUGUUGUUGAUGAUGAUGUUGUGGUUGUUGAUGAUGAUGAUGAUGAUGAUGAUGAUGAUAAUAUAUAUAUAUAUAUAUAUUUAUAUAUAUACAUCAUAACCCACCAAUAAAUAUAUAUGGUCAUUUAAUGCACAAAUCUGAGAAAAUUCAGUAAUUUAACCUUCAAGGUCAAGGUCAUUAAAGAGCCCAAGUCAAUUUGGGUUUGAUAAACAACAAUGUCUUGUCCUUAAGAAUGUUCUAUUAUAAUAUGAAGUUGAUCCCUUCAAUAAUAGCAAAGUUACAGCCAGUUACAACCAAAACAAUGAAAAUUUCAAUAAUUUGACAUUCAAAGUCAAGGUCAUUUAUGAGUGAAGGUCAACGUCUGUCUGGUUAUUUUUAAGGAUUAUCCUUGAAGAUUAUUAUGUUCAAGUUUGAAGACAAUCCAUUCAAAAAUAACAAAGUUACAGCCAAUAAUAGCCAAAAAAAUGAAAUUUUCAAUAAUUUGACCUUCAAAGUCAAGGUCAUUUAUGAGUGAAGGUCAAGGUCUGUGUGCUUAUUUUUUAGGGAUAUCCUUGAAGAUUAUUGUGUUCAAGUUUGAAGACAAUCCAUUCAAAAAUAACAAAGUUACAGCCAAUAAUAGCAAGAACAAGCAAAAUUUGGACUUUUAACCUUGAAGGUCAAGGUCAUUUAUGGAUAAAGGUCAAGGUUAGUGUGGUCUACUGAAAGGUUUUGUCCCAAGGGUUUUUGUGGCCAAGUAUGAAGACAAUACAUCAAGAAAUAAAAAAGUUAUGAUCCAGGUAUAAGUUUGCGGACGGCAACGGCAACGCCGCCGCGACUAUAACAAUACCUCUUCUUUUUUUUCAAAAAAAAAAAAGUCGAGCUAAAAAUGCAAGGCAUACAAGUUCACUUUUUCAAAAGUUACACUUUUAUAUGACUAACUUUUGCAAUGAAUGCCUUUCAUGAUGUAGUUCAUCUAUAGUACAUUGUUGAAUUUACAGUUUUAUCUUACCAUCUUAUUUGAGUAGUUUACUUUUACUGUUAGGCCUAUUCUAAAUGUGCAUGUCUUAACUAUUAAAUAUUUCAGAAACUUUGUGGUCAUGCGAUUCUUACAUGUUACUUUUAUAUUUAGCUAGUAACAUGAUGCCAGAUUUUAAAUGUUAAGAAUGUAAUUAAUAUUUAAUGUUAGUUUUAUUUCUAUAAAAUCGUUGAUGUCAUUUGUUACCUGGAUAUUAAAAAAAUUGUUUACUCAUUAUUAUACCCCCCACAAAGGAAGUUUAGGGGGGGUAUAUAGGAGUUAGCUUGUCGGUCAGUUGGUUGGUCGCUCGGUCUACUUCAUGGUUUCCGGACGAUGACUUGAGCUAGGAAUGAGAUACUGUAAUCAAACUUGGUGUAUAGCAAGCUUGCAUGAAUGCCUGGGUUGGUAUUGCGUUUGGACCCCCUGGGAUCAAAGACAAGGUCACCGUUACUAAAAAUAGAAAAAUGGUUUCCGGACGAUAACUUGAGCUAGGAAUGAGAUACUGUAAUCAAACUUAAUGUAUAGCAAGCUUGCAUGAAUACCUGGGUUGGUAUUGCGUUUGGACCCCCUGGGGUCAAAGACAAGGUCACCAUUACUAAAAAUAGAAAACAGCUUUCUUGAAGACCUGGUUGGAAUUGCAAUUCUUUGUACUCUCUUAAAACUUCAUAAAUUAUAGGUAAUCUUCAAACUAUUCUUCACACCACUUAUUUUUCAAACGUCACGGUUGCUUGUGGGGGUAUUAAUCACCUUCAGUGAUAGGUCUAGUUGCCUUCUGUUACAGUAGAUCAAAUGAAACAUUAUUCAAAAGCCAUGCAUCAGAUUAAAGGUUAUGUAUACAAGAUCCAGUUGACAAAAAUAACCUUUAAUGCAUACUUCCAUCAUCUUUAUGCCAUAAGUUUACAUUAUCUCUAGAAAAAGUAUAAAUUGUAAUGAAAUGGAAGGUUAAUUUUAAGUGUACGAAAGAUUUGAAAAUCUGCAUUUGACGCUAAAGAUUAUAUACAUCCUGAUGCAUGGUUUGUCUUCAGUUUUAUGUCAGUAUCUCACUUUUGUUGAAUAUCAAUCUGUUAAGUAUUUUGACUAAUAAAUUGUAUACUGAAA